AUGGCGGAGAAGUUCGACUCGCUGGAGGAAAACCUGGAGAAGUUCGUGGAGAACAUCCGGCAGCUUGGCAUCAUCGUGAGCGACUUCCAGCCUAGCAGCCAAGCUGGGCUCAACCAGAAAUUGAACUUCAUGGUGACCGGUUUGCAGGAUAUCGACAAAUGUCGCCAGCAGCUUCACGAUAUCAGCGUGCCCUUGGAAGUUUUUGAAUACAUAGAUCAAGGUCGCAAUCCACAGCUUUACACUAAAGAGUGUCUGGAGCGAGCUUUGGCUAAAAAUGAGCAAGUAAAAGGAAAAAUCGACACAAUGAAGAAAUUUAAAAGUCUGUUAAUUCAAGAACUGACAAAGGUGUUCCCAGAAGACAUGGCAAAGUACAAAGCUAUUCGAGGAGAAGAUCCUCCUCCUUAAGUUGGCCUUUGAUAGCUCUAAAAAUGUCAAUUCUAUAAACUGCCACCACUCCAUAAAAACACUGAUGAGAGAGGGGAGGAAUCUAAGCUGUCAUAACAACUGUGAUGGACUGUAAAGGAGCUUGAGGAUUGCUGAUAAUUCUGGUCUGAAGCUAAUGAAUCUUUCUGAAGAUUUCUACUCUAAGAUGGCGGCUGAAACUUCCUGUGGUAACCUGUUCUUUUUUUCCUGAGGGAUUUUGGAGGUGCAGUUGCCUACGGGUCAUCAAUAUACAGCAUUUCUCAUAAAGUGCAUUUC